AUGGACAACAAAAACGUCGUCGUUUGCGACAAUGGCACCGGCUAUGUGAAAUGUGGAUUCGCUGGAGAGAAUUUUCCAACAUCUGUGUUCCCAUGUGUCGUGGGAAGGCCGUUGCUUCGGUAUGAAGAAGCACUCAUGGAGCAGCAAGUCAAGGAUAUAGUUGUGGGGGAGACUUGCGCUGAGCUAAGGCAUCAAUUGGAUAUAAACUAUCCUGUCACUAAUGGUAUUAUCCAGAAUUGGGAUGAUAUGGAACUUGUUUGGGAUCAUGCUUUCUACAACGAGUUGAAAAUCAAUCCAUCAGAGUGUAAGAUAUUGCUUACGGAUCCACCACUUAACCCUGCAAAGAACCGUGAAAAAAUGAUUGAGACAAUGUUUGAGAAGUACAAUUUCGCGGGAGUUUUCAUUCAAAUCCAAGCCGUUUUGACUCUUUAUGCUCAAGGUUUGCUAACUGGUUUGGUUAUUGAUUCUGGUGAUGGUGUUACUCAUGUGGUUCCGGUGGUUGAUGGUUACUCGUUCCCUCAUCUUACCAAAAGAAUGAAUGUAGCUGGCAGACACAUUACAGCUUAUCUUGUGGAUCUCCUUUCUCGACGAGGAUAUGCGAUGAAUAAAACGGCUGACUUUGAGACUGUUAGGGAAAUUAAAGAGAAGCUCUGCUAUAUAGGGCAUGUGACCUUUUCAUAUUAUGAUUAUAAGAGAGAGCAUCAGCUUGGUCUUGAGACAACCAUCCUUGUUAAGAAUUAUACUCUUCCAGAUGGGAGAGUCAUCAAAGUAGGCACUGAAAGAUUCCAAGCACCUGAAGCGCUUUUCACACCGGAACUCAUUGAUGUUGAAGGCGAUGGAAUGGCAGACAUGGUUUUCCGCUGUAUUCAAGAAAUGGAUAUUGAUAACCGCAUGACGCUCUAUCAACACAUAGUCUUAAGCGGAGGAAGCACCAUGUAUCCAGGAUUACCUAGCCGUCUCGAGAAAGAAAUCCAGGAUCGAUAUCUUGAUACAGUUCUAAAAGGAAACAAAGAUGGCUUGAAGAAACUCAGAUUGCGGAUAGAGGAUCCACCUAGAAGGAAACACAUGGUAUACCUCGGAGGCGCUGUUCUUGCUGGAAUCAUGAAGGACGCACCAGAGUUCUGGAUCAAUAGAGAGGACUAUCUGGAAGAAGGAAUUGGUUGCUUAAAUAAGAUGAGCCAAGCUUGA